UCGGACCAAAGGGCCAAAGGGCUUAAUAACACGUCCUCUUCUUUCUUCACCGCAGCUACUCGAAAAGCAUGUGCAACCUGUUCGAACUGCACUUCUUCAUCGUGUUCGGGUGCAUCUUCUUUCAGCUGGUCAGCAAUGUCGUGGUGAUUGUAUCGGUUCCCGAUUGGUAUCCCGGGUAUUUUCUGUUCAUCAUGCUAACAGUCCAGCUGUUCUUUAGCUGUGCAUUGGGAGAAACGUUCAACAUCAAGGUAAGGGUCGUGUAUGCGGUUUUGUGUAUCUCAAUGUCCUAUAAAUGAUCGUUUGCAUUGUGUUUCAUCAGAGCGAUGAGCUUACGGUGGCGAUCUACAACGUGCCUUGGUACAAUAUG